AAUUUCUGGAGCAGCUGCAUACCGGACGCACUCAGGCUCAUCUAACCCAUCAGGUGGCCGGCAUUGCAGCGAGACCGCUUCAGCUGGCGUCUGCCAUUGCUCACGUGCUGACGUGACAGAGCGCGCAUCCAUACAGGACUGAGCGAACCGCAGCGAAGCGAGGCCAGCAAGGCGACUGUUUUCUUACCCAUAUUCAGCCAUGGCUCCCAGUCGAGGCAAAGGCAGGGCUGCGGCUGCGUCUGCUGGUACGCCGCGAUCCAGCGGACGCACUACACGAGCACGAACACGCAAGGCGGCACAUGAUGACGUUCCUGAUGUCUACUCUGCCAUGCUCUCGGAAGCGCAUACUGAUGGCGAGACUGAUGAGGACCGACCUCUGAAGAUACGAAGAAUCACGCCGAAGAAAUCUGGGUACCAAGAUCCAAGUGCACCAAUCACGCAGUCUGCAGACCUGAAGAAACCUGGUAUCCCAUUACAUCCUACGAAGGGGAGACCGCAGACUGUCGAGGACUCGUCAGAAUCGGAUGAUAGUGAGUUUGACUUCGAGGAUGUUGAUAUCGAUCAGCCUAUGGAGUCUGCAGGCCAUUCGGUCGAUAGCAUUGAGGACCUGUCGAUAUCUGUGCAGCGGGAAAGCAGUACGCCCGCCAGUGCGCGGGCCCGCAGGAAGCCUCUUGGCACGAUCGAGAAGACUCAUCGACUUCUGGUGCACAAGCUACACAUAUUGUGCUUGCUUGGUCAUUGCAUGUUCGUCAACGGGAGGUGUAACAAUGUGAUUGCGCAAGGCCAUCUGCGGUCUAUACUUCCUGUCAAAACGAUUUCAUACCUCAAUCCGUCCCAGCAGGAUACACAGUUCCAACGCAAUCGUUCUUUUAUGGAAGGGUUGGAACAGGCAGUAAGUGCAUUCACUGGAGAAUAUCGGAUCACUGGCUCGGGCCUGAAGAAGCCGCACUGGACCCUCGAGGGUGAUACGCAACAGACGAAGGCCGGUGACCCGGUACCAGUAGACAGCGGUGACUUCAUUGACGCCUCUCAAAGCCUCUCCGGCUCUCAAGACAUGGCUAAUCAGCUGUUCUGUGCCAUGCUACGCUCUGUAGGCGUUGAUGCUCGAAUCGUAUGCUCAUUGCAGGUCUUGCCCUUCAAUAGCGUACCCAAGGCGGCUACGCCGAAGAAACCUGCUAAAGCUCGGAUCAUGGCCAUGCCACCCUACGAUGGGCCUGAUGACUUGAAUGAUGGGCAGAACGAUGCUGCAGUAAGUGGUUCGCGGCUCAUAGGCAAGGUGCCGUCUGCUCGAAGGCGUUUAGGACAGCCGAGUUUCGCUUCCGAAGCGACUAGGCCUGCUGUCCCUCUAAAGAAGCCCGCACCCGUGGUCAAGUUAGCAUAUCCAGUAUUUUGGGUGGAAGCUUUUAACGAAGCAAGCCAGAAGUGGGUGCCAGUUGAUCCCAUUGUCACGAAUACGAUCAACAGACCUACGAAGUUAGAGCCGCCCGCAUCAUACGAUUUGAAUCAGCUGACUUACGUUGUUGCGCACGAAGCCGAUGGCUUCGCGAGAGAUGUCACAAGGCGAUAUGCCAAGGCGUACAAUGCAAAGACACGACGGCAACGCGUGGAAUCUUCUGUCGACGGUACGAGAUGGCUCAAGAAAGCCAUGCGUAUCUUUCGUCGACCAGAGGGACUUCGCGAUCGCGACCAGGUGGAGGACGCGGAGAUGGCGCAGAAAGAGGCAAGAGAGGGACUUCCCGCAAACGUUCUCGACUUCAAGGACCACCCGUACUAUGCUCUAGAGCGUCAUUUGAAGCGGCACGAAGUGAUACACCCGAAACGCGAAGUUGGCAAAGUCAAUGCCGGUACAGCUGCGAAGCCCAAGAUGGAGUCUGUCUAUCGUCGGCGAGACGUACUAUCAUGCAAGAGUGCCGACAAAUGGUACCGUUCCGGUCGCGAGAUCAAGGCAGGCGAGCAACCACUGAAGCAUGUGCCCGCCAGAGUGCGAAGACAGGCCUCGCAGGAGCCCAAUGGUGGGAGCGAUGAUCACGCUCCUACUACAGGUUUAUACGCACCACAUCAAACCCAGCUUUAUGUACCGCCACCUAUACAGCAUGGUCGCGUACCGAAGAACAUGUAUGGCAACCUGGAUAUUUACACGUCGACUAUGGUUCCCGCUGGAGGCGUACACAUUCGACAUGCUCUGACGCAACAGGCAGCCAGGGCACUGCGUGUCGAUUAUGCAGAUGCAGUCACAGGAUUCCAAUUCAAAGGGCGACAUGGUACUGCCAUUAUAGAGGGCGCAGUGGUCGCGGCGAAACAUGCUGAUGCAAUACGUGCGAUAAUUGAUGGUCUGGAGCUCGAAGCGUUGGAGGAUGAAUCAAAGGCGAGAAGUCUGCGCGCCCUCAGAGCAUGGAAGCGGUUCUUGACUGGUCUGCGUAUAGCUGAGCGCGUGCGAGCGUAUGGCGACGCAUCUUUACCGGUGCGAACACAUGCUGAUGAUGCCGACAAUGGGCUGUUCGCAUCGAUGGUUGCCCCUGGCACAGAUGAAGAGUUACUGACAGCAGGUCGCUUCAGUUUGAAAGAGCUCGAGAGGAAGAAAGCACCUGCGCGAAAGCGCAAAGUAGAGGCCAGUGAUAGUGAAGAAGACUUCGAAUACAGUGUGAAUGAGCAGUCGGAGGAGGAAGAAGCCGGUGGAUUUGUCGUGGAACGGAACAGCGCAGAAGUAGAUGAACAUGGUGGGUUUCUUCCCGACGCAGAUGAAGCGAUUGAAGACCAGAAUGAGAUGCACGAUAGCAGCGGAUUGGACACCAAUAACGUUACGCAAUCCGAAUACGGAGGUGGCGGCUUUUUGCCAGAGGGAAACGCCAAUGGGGAUGAGGACGAACAUGGUCGUGAAGGCAGCCCCGGAAAGGGCAUGGCCGAGCAUUCCCACGAUGAAUCCCCUCUCGAGGACAACGCCGGUUAUGAAUUUGCAGGAGGCUUUCUGCCAGAUGAUAAUGAGCACGGAAAUGAGGACGAUGUGCAGAAUGGAGACAGGAAUGCUCCCGAUGCUAGCACGGAUCAUGACCGCACAUCGGAGACAGACUUAUGGCCUGGAGCUACAAUGCAUGCCUCUGGGUCAAACAGCACCACGGGGUUGGUUCAUAGUGAGAAGUUGGUUUUGGGAGAUGGGGAGAGUGACAACGGCUCGAUGCUUUCACACGAUCCGGAGGACGAUGAAGCGGAGCCGGACUGGCUGGAAAGUGAUUGAAUUGAGUUUGAUUGUAAUAAUAGCAGAUUGUGUACGUGAACGAGAG